CCGCCGGUGCUGCCGGUGCUUCGGCCGCCGCUGUCUGCGCUCCUGCCGCCCCUGUCUGCGCUCCUGCCGCCCCUUCCUCGAAUAUUCAGGCAGGGCAGCACUGCCCGGCGAGGACAGUUGGGCGCAGCCCGGGCCUGACGGACGAGCAAUCGGGGACGUGAACUCCCACCUCCAGUUUGGCUCAGUGCCGGGCGGCGGCGGCUGCAGUCCCGGAGUGUGGGGUGGCCCCCGCGGUCUCCGCCCGGCUCCUGCGCGCCGCCUCUGCUCUUUGCAUAGUAAUUUCAGUUCCUGCUAGCACCCGGCUCCCUACCGGAACAGGUCUGAAAAGGACCGCCGCUCCCGAGCCCGCUGAGGCAUCGGUGUGGCGCCGGGAGCCCCUGCGUGUGAUAUGCGACGGGAAGCCCUCGCCAAAGCGCAGGCAGCGGCCCCGCCACGCCGGAGACAGCCGGGCAACAGCAGUGCCAGGGAGGAUACCAGGCCUGCCAGUCCGGAUCAUCUGUUUCUGUGUGCCACCAAGGAAUCUUUAUGGAUACCUCCUUCAUUCCAAACAAGUAACCAGAAGGUCACCAUUGUGGACUGACUCUCCAAGGUCCCAUGACAAAAGGGGAAAAGCCAAGUUGAAGAUCUGACAGGUGGACCAGUGAAGGGCAGGCAGCCGCACAGAACAAUAUCUGCACAAGGAAGCACAGUGGUUCCGAAGCAGAAGAGUUCAGCCUGUGUUCCCUGGGGCUCCUCGCCUCUCUCCUGGAAUGCACAAUUGGUCCUUCAGAGGAAUCACCCCUGAUUGCAUCUUCACUUUGAGCUUCGGCUGCUUCCCUAAAGGAGCGCUGUCCAGGUGCGAGCUCCAAGGUUUUUCCCGGAGAGAGAUUCCAUGGGGACUGUACCUGACCCUCUGAGAUCAGCCAAAACAUCCCUGAUUGCAGCUUCUGGAGAAGAAGAGGGCCUGGGAGAGGUGCAGGUUGCCUCGCCCCAGCCUCGACCAGAAGUCCUGAGUGAGAACACCAAUGGCCUUUCCAGCACUCCUGCAGAGCCAGACCUCAGCCCCAGAACAGCUGCCAAGGCCCUGAUGCAGGCCGGUGAGCAUGUGCCCACGCAGGCAGCCAUGUCCUCUCCUGACAUUGUCAGUGAGGUGGGGAAGGCAUCUCCCACACUCAACUCUCCUGGCAAUACUCAGCUGUCAGGGGGCAGAGAGUCCAUAGCACCAGCCCUGUGUUCUGCAGCAGGCAAGGAUCUAAUACGUGCAACAUUUACAAUGCCAGCCAAUCAGCACAUCCACCCGGUUGUCCCAGGCAACCAGCCCCAUGCCAGCCCCCAAUCAGGGCCUGAAGAUACCCUGGUGAAAUCACAGAGAACUGCAGAUGGAGGGCAACCUGAGAAGUCAAGUUGUCCGGUGGUGGUCAUCUGUGGCAAAGAUCAAGUGCCCUGUGAUUUUCCUUCUCAAGAAACAAUGCGGGGAAUGGUGCAAACUGAAGAUACAGCAGCCAGGUCAUUCAGUCCUACUUCCGCUACUGUAGGUGGACCCGAAGCAGAAAGGCAGCAAGCUGUUUGCACUUCCCAGACAAGGUCCUGUGGCUCUCCAACAGGAGAAGAUGGAUGUUCGGGGAACAAACCACCCCCUGCCGCCACCUCAGACACCCAGGCCAUGACUUCGGUGAUUCCUCAACCAUCCCACCUCCCUAGCAACGGAUCCAUGUUUCCUCCAGAUCCAGAGAAGGUGCCGCUGGCAGCACAGCCUCAAGUGUCAAGGUUUAAAGAAGCAAGUACGAUGACCAGCCAAGCUGAAAAUGAGAUCAAGAAAACCCCGCCCAGGGCUCAGCAAGAUGCCGAGGUGCAGGCAGUGGCGAGUGUCGAGAGCAGAUCGGCAUCCACCAGCCCCAGCAUCCUCGCUGCAUUCUUAAAGGAACCCCCUGCUCCAGAGCGGUUCGAACAAGAACAGCUGCGUGUCAUUUGCCACGGCAGCGCGAACCACACGUUGGAGCUGUCUGAGAACAACACCCUAGACCCCCGGGAGGCGGGUCAGUGCCGUGACCUCAUGCCAGCGGUGCACAUCCAGACAGCUACAGCUGUUUCUGCAGCUUUCCAAGGAGAAAAUAAAUCAGGGAGCCUACCGGGGGACGUCCUUAAAACCUCAGCCAUCAACGUGUCAUCCAGUGAUGCUCAGGAGACGUGUAAACAAGACAGGAAAUCAGCAGGAAUGACCCUAGCGGGGCAAGAGCUUACCUUUAGACAGCUUUCGGGUACUACUUCUACCUCCCUGAAAGCUAGCCCCAGUGACCAGAUUUCUCUUAGCGCAGGACGUCAAGUUGAAACAGGUCAUGGAUUAGGGAAAUGUGAAACGAAGCCAUCUGAGUUUGCAGUGGCAACCACCAGUGGCCACAAACCAGACCCCGACUGCAAACUCUCCGACUCCUGUGGCCCUGCCAGCAGAGCCGACCAGUCCAGGAGCUUGGAUCUCACGAACCAAGGGGAUGCAAGAGAGAAGAAGCUUGUGUCUCCUCAGAUAAUGAAAGAACAAGAAUCUCCUGGCAUCGAUAUCCUGGAGGUGAGGGCAAGGGCAGAGGCCAAAAGCCUACUGCUCAAUCCUAAAUCUCAAGAAAGUGGAGGCGUGGCAUCAGGUGCCAGCCCUACACCCUCCCCAGUUAGAAGGAGCCAGGAGGGCACCGGGGAAGAAAACAGACAGACCAAGACAGCUGCCAGCCUAAGCCUGCCGUCGGAUGCCAUUGGGGACUCUAGUCCUGGUUCUGGUAAAAGGACCCCUUCUCGCUCCGUCAAAGCCAGCCCCCGCCGGGCCAGCCGGGUCAGCGAGUUCCUCAAGGAGCAGAAGUUAAACGUGACAGCUGCUGCCGCCCAGGUGGGACUCACUCCAGGAGAGAAGAAGAAGCAGCUGAGUGCCGACUCCAAGCUCCAGUUGAAACAGUCCAAGCGUGUCCGGGACGUGGUGUGGGACGAGCAGGGCAUGACCUGGGAGGUGUAUGGCGCUUCCCUGGACCCGGAGUCCCUGGGCAUUGCCAUACAGAACCAUUUACAAAGACAAAUCAGAGAACACGAGAAGUUAAUCAAAGCUCAAAGCGGCCAGAGCCGGAGGUCCAUCUCCUCAGAUACUUCUUCUAAUAAAAAGCUCAAAGGCAGGCAGCACAGUGUUUUCCAGUCCAUGCUGCAGAACUUUCGACGCCCCACCUGCUGCAUUCGUCCUGCUCCUUCUUCUGUGUUAGAUUGAAAAGGAACAUGUCCAGAAGCCCUUGGAUACUGCUACAAGCUUCAGAGGUGUCCAUCUGUCUGUCAGAGCUUACUUAAUUUUUUUUCUGAGGGACCAGGAAGAGAAAGUAUUAACUCACAGAAAUUGCUACUAAGAAUUGCUGGGUCCUUUGUUCGGGGCUCCAUAAAUAAAAAAUGUUGUUUCAAUUUGAAAGGAAGUGAAGAAGUAAGCUUCGCUGAAGGUUUACAACCUUAAUUAAGAGGAAAUAACACUUUUUUUUAAUAUGAUGUUUUUAGAAUAACAUGCUCAUUACACAUGUGUCAUUUUAUAUUACUGCCUCAAUUUAUCACACUAUGGUAUUUCCAUUAAAACCCCUGCUUUAUAUUAAAAGUAGCAAAGACACUGUUAGCAAAUACAGUUAUACUUUGUAGUCCAAUGCAAUAAGAAUGCUGAUACCACACAAAAUUUAAGUAGGUGAUGAGAAAUAUCAUGGAAAAAAAAAUGGAAACAAAUUUGACUCAUUCCUCGGCUAGAGGAUAUAAAUAAAGUACUUACAUGCAUAAAAUGCCAAAUAUGAAAUAAUAUUUGUAAACAUCUGCAUAUAAUCCUUUUUAUAAACCUUGUUAUACCUGUUAAUAAACAUAAGAAAGUUAUAUUAGGAAAAAAGUUAGCAAACCAUUUGAAUACUGCCCACAUAAAACAUGAAUUUAUGUAUAUACAUUUUCCUACACUAAGGACAAGGGUCAUCUCUGUGAUUGUGCUUAGAUUAAAUUCAUAUUUCCUUGCCCAAGAGGAAAUACAUGUGGCUGAAUUCUUGAAGAGAAUUAUCAUAUUAUUGAUAAUACUGAGUUUUAUGUUGUUCAGCUGUCUCCAAUAACAUUCUGCUGAGAAUGUUAAGGUUCUGGUAAGGAAUUAUAAAUAGCCAAUUACCCAACACUCCUUUUCUUAUGUUGAAAAAAGGAAAGUCUCCUGAGUAACAAAAACAACAGGUUUAAUUGUGGCUCCUGUAAACAGGAUGCAGUUUGUAUUUUUGUUUUGAUUUGGUUCAGUAGCUUCUAAUAGAAAAUGUAGUCAAAUAGAAAUGAGCUCCCAUGCUGCUUUUGUAUACAGACUAAUAUCAUCUAAUUGCUUAAGACUAAUCUGUGGUAAAAGGUAAUUUCUUCAAGCCUAUUAAUUUUAAGAGAAAUACCAUCAUAUCUCAUCCUUCCAACCCAUUAGAAGAAGCUGCCUUUACUAAAACAUCAUUUACUAAAACAGCUUUAGUAAAGCUGCCUUUACUAAAACUAAGCUUUGGGUGAGCUUAGUCCUUGAGAAUAUAGGCACCUGUUUGAGCUGAGCCCUCACCUGUCUCCAUAAUGAAAGCGUGUCCUUGGGGCCCAUGAGUGUUGUGCAGGGCACUGGCUGGGUGACCAACAGUGGCUUGAGUGGGGCUAGUGGGGAAGAGAGGAGUGAGCCCUGGAGGUUGUUGGUUUCCACCUUGCAUUUAGAGAAUCACUGUUAGUGAUGAAGGGGCGUUGGCUGUUUUCUCUAAACUCACUGCCCUGAUGAGCCAGGAAAGAAUUGUCCAGCUGUAUACUAUCUCUCCAGAGAUUCAUAAAGGCCAUUUGUGUGGUAAAUGCAAAGUUUCUAUUUUUUUUUAAAUUUGGAUUCUCUUUUGCAGAUUCUGAACAUAUUGCAGGAGGAUAUCAUACUUCAACUUUAACACCACAAGCUACAUCAGACAUAAAUUAGUCAAUAGUCAUCAGUUUCUUUCAAAGUAAUUGGACUGUCUAUGAAGCGUACAUAAGCAGACCACAGAGCCAUUCUCAGAGUCAGAGCCAGAGAAUGGCAAUUACAGGUGUUAGAAUUGAAACUUACAAUGAAUUUUUUAAUAAAGCACAUGUUUGUUUCUUACCAGUUGGCCUCUACUAAGAAGGCUAUCUAAGUAGAAAUUACCAUCAAAUUAGCAGCCAAAAUUAUUAAUAAUGAAUUGCAUCUAAAACUCUCUCUUUGGGCCUUAAACACCCAUUGGCUGCAGUGUUCAUGUCACUUCUGUAGGAGAUGCCUUUGCCAGAGUUUAACCUCCCUCCUGUCUCGCUCACUGGCUGGCUCCCUCCCACGUGCUGUGUACACAUAGAGAACACCCUCUGUACACAGUGGCAGCUGUCAACAGUACCCACUCCAGAUGGGUGGGCCCAGGUCACCCUCUGCUCUGAACUGGCUAGAACAGGCUGUCCCUGCAUUAAAAUGGGAAAAAAGGAAGAAUUUAGCAUCUGGUAAUAAUAUUAGUUUUCAUGAGGUUGGAGUAACCAUGUGAUUUAUAAAUAGUGAAAGGCAACAGAGGCCAAAGAGAGUUGUAGACAUUGUUGUCACACAUUAGAAGCAAAUUAAUAAAAUUCAAUAAAUUAAAACUUAAAGUGUGCUAGAGUCACUUUGGUUUUUCUGGGGACUGAAACUAACCUUUACUUCUUAAUCUUCAAUUUUUUACUUUCAAUCUUUACCACACUCUAAAGAUUGUCACAAAAUGUUACAAAAGCUUUCUUCUCACUUACUGAAUCUUAUAGAAGGAAAAGUCCUGAAAAAAAUUGUCACAGAAAUAGCUCAUCAAAUAGAUAAAUAAGACAGGAGCCUAUUCAAAACAGUGGUGUUUCUGCAUUAUGAUCCCCCAAAGAGUCUCAGGAUAAAACCUUGUUUUGAAAACGCUCUUUCACUUGGAUCUAUGACACAUACACAUUUAGGACAUCAUUUGUCAUUCCUUAGGUUCACUCAGCAAAUGAAGUUGCAAAACAAUUUUCAUGGCAGACUCUUUGAACUUGCUCUGCUUAUUUGUUACCUGCAUGACACACACAGUGUUGAAAGCUGUUUUUGUCCUUAUUUCUUUUAGUUAUCUUUUGGUCCUUUUAAAUGUAUUUUAGUUGUUGAAAUAAAUGGAGGAAAUACUUUAUUAAGUAGAUCAGUAUAAGAUAUUUUUUAAACCAGCAGAAAAAAAGAGAUGACUUAGGCCAUCCAUAUGUUUAACAUGUGAAGAUGUCUACCCAGUGAAAAUUUUUCAUUUAAAUACCGAUUUUUCUAUUUUAUGACUACAAGAAAAAUGUGACCAUUUCAACUGUCAUGUAUCUACUUAUCUUCAGUGUUUUUCUAAUUAUGUCUUUCUGGAGUAUUACCCUUGAUGCCACAGACCAACUACUUUACAUACACUGAAAUCCUAAUUAAGCUUUGUGUUUUGGAUCCAUGGCACGCGUUAAACGUUUUGUUAGGCCACAGUGGACCAGAAAACUUUUUUGUUUGCAUCCAAAAUGAAAUAUUUAUAAAAAAAUAUUACUGUGUUUUCCUACCUUGACAAGUCAGCUCUAUUGAAUAUAAUUUGAUUUCUGAUGAUCUUUAAUCUUUAGAAUGGUCGAAUAUUUAUUAUUUUGGAUAUCAGUGUUCUCCAUGUUAUAGGUUAAAUAUCAUAACUGGAAUAAAUUGGACUGAAUAUGCAUGUGUACCAUAUACCCUAGAGGUUGAAUUUGGAACCAAGUUCUUAACAAGAGCUUGUCAUCUUAAGAAAGCAGAAAAGGAAAACUGCUUUGGGUUGUAUCUAAGAGUAUUAAGGUUUUUAUUGUUCUAGCUUAUUCUGAUAGUCUUCCUCUCAUCUCUGGGAUUUCCUAUCAUUUGGGAAAUAUCUGUAUAUACCACAUGAAGACUAGGAUAUGAUGUGACUUUAAGAUUUGUUUACAGAGGACCUAUAUGAAUAGGUUGUUAAUGUAAAUUGUUUGGCCUCUGUUGUAUCCUCUUUGUUACUGUUUUGCUUCCAAAAUGUGAGAAACUGUCUUUUCUUCCUCCUACAUAUUGUGCAAGUGUUUAACAAUUUGUCCAUUUCUAGUACCGCAUAAUUUACCACAGCCCUUGUCUACUUUUUAAGAAUCAGUGUAAAGGAAAACAAUACAUUAGGAUAAGGUUUGCAUAUAUAUAUAUGUGUGUGUGUGUUUACUGAAUAUCACAAAUGUCACUUGUAGCCUUGUGUAGGCCUCUACGUGUCUGAUUUACUAAUCAUCUACAGUGCUGCCAUGGAGAUGACGCUGUUUACUCUCUCCAGCUUUGUCCUAAGUGGUAUUUGAGAAACGGAGCCUAUGAACUUCCCUUUGUGAUAAUAAUGCAGUGAACUCAGCAGUAUCUUGGAUAAAUAAACUGACCAUCUUGUCUCUAUCCCGGUUCUGUCUACACAGUGAACCAGAAGUCUCGCCCUCCUCUGCCUCAGUGCUUGCUGUUUUAUAUUCCCAUCUGACCAUUUUCUUUUCUGUUAGCAAUGUUCUUGGUUCCAUGUGUGGCCCUUUGGGUUGAAUCUCCAAAGGUGGGUCAGCUGUUGCCACCUGGCAAAUAACAGGUAACGUGCCAGAUCUCCUGUCCAACUUUGUAACUUUAUCCUUCUUAAUGAAAUUCUGCAGCCAGCUGAGUAAUUUACAAAUGUCAUUGUGUAGACACAUGGGCUGAAGGAUAUCUACAAAGUUUUAGACAUUUUUUUGCAAAAGGGGAAAAAUUAGUCUUGUAAAGACUGAAACAGAUUUCCAUGAACUUUACCCUACUGUUGGAAAAAAAUGAAUUCUCCUUGGCUACAGAAUAAAAUAAACUUGAUUUGCAAUGACCAAGGACAUAAAUGAAGAUGGAUUGAAGUGGAAAAAUUCUGUCUCACAAAUCAGAGACAUCUACCAGAGUUCAUUACAGCUACUUUUAACUGUGAACAUUCACCAGCUAAACUACUCACUUGCCACAACCAAAUAACCUCUCUCAAAGUAAAUCCAGUACAUUGGUAUAUAUGUGUAGAUAGAAACAAACAAAACAAAAAAACCCUGAAAAAUUACUGUUGGCUGUUAGGUAAAUCAAGGUGAUAAUCAAAAGGACAUUUGAAUAACGGCAAGCCUUGGUGAAAUGACUGUGAGGGCCAGAAUGGUGCAACAAGGUCUUAUUGCCAAGUUUGGUGUGUUUUUCUAAGACCCAGAUAUCUCAGCUACUCAUCCUGAGAAUAAAGACUGUUGAUAAUGAAAUUAAAGUCAAGCAAUAAUGUGCCAAAAGAGGCAGUUAUACCACCAAGUGCAUCUAUUAUGGGCACACCAUUAUAUAUUUAUGGUUUGCUCCAUGAAGACUGACCAUAACCCAUGGGAUAAAAUAAGCAAAGGCAUAAUUUCUGCUUUCUUGCUGGAAAAACUUACGUAAGAGCUCCAUAAAGAGGUACAGCACUAGUGAACAUUAGAUCUUAGGGUUAACAGCUCUGUUUUAACAUUAGUCAAGACCAAAGGAAUCACCAGGAGUCUUGCUAGCUUAAAAUUCAAGACAGCUUCAUCCAGAAACAUGGUUGAAAUGGAAGGUUAAAUGUAUAGUCAUACUCUCCCUGGACACUAGCCUAUAAGAAAGCAAUUCAGUUAACUCGGCCUGGAAGAUUACCAGAUUUAGCUAUGAAAAAAAAUGGGUUCUCAAAUGAGGAAUAGCUAAAACGUGAAUACUCUUAUCAAAAGUGGCCAGACAUAAUGCCUUACAGAAUAUGAUGUUGUAGAUGGGCGUUUCUAAAUACUAAUUCUUCACCAAGUAUUCCUUUGGGUUCAAGCUCGAAAUCAACUGGCUGGAGUAAAGAUCACGUAUUUCCGACUCAAACGACUUAGCAGCGGCAGCAGCGGCAGCAUUUUACACUUUAGAAAAAGGUACUGAUGAUCGACCAGCAUGAUGAUAGUUGUGAUGAUGUGAUGACAAAUACCCUAAUGAUUUAAGUGUGUUAAAGAGAAUUGAGUGGGGAAGAAACACUACCUUCUUUCUCGAUCUUUUAAGAUAUGGGAGGCCAUCUGUUUAUUUUGGAGUGAAAAGGAUAGCUUGCUUUUUGACCUUGCUGCUAGCAUUACUCUUUGUUCCUUUAAAAAUCAAAUUAUUUUUAAGCAAAACUUUUGAGAAGUUAAACUUUUUUUUAUGGUUCAUAUUGUUUUUGUGUUAUGUAUAGAGCAAACUAUGAAAUGAGCAGAAGAGGCUUACCCAUUUAGACUUCGUAGCAUUUAUUUAACCACAUCUUUGAGUAAAUUAUUUUGUAAAAUGUUUUCCAUCAUUUCUGAUGUUGGUAACUUGGGAGAUUACAGUAUUAUUCUCACACUCCCUAUUCCCUAGAGGGUUGGAGAGACUAAGUCUUGUUUUUAAGGGCAUCUGGAAAUACCUUUCCCAGGUAUUUGAGAAAGGUCUUCGGGGCCUGAAAACCCAAGAAGGAAAUAUACUGACAAUUACUAAACUUCUAAAUGUAUUUAUCUCUGCUGUACUAUCAUGUAAACACUAUAUUGUGCAUUACCCUGUAGCUGGUUGUGGUACAUCAGUGCAUUUUGUAAGUAUGUACAGUCUGUGAGCAGUUGGUUUUCUAUUUUUAUGUGUAGGAAAAAAAAAACGCUGCAUCCCAUUUUAAGGCCAAGUUCUGUCAUCAGGUAGGCACAUGGCCGAAAGUGAAUAAAACCAACAGAAGUGUGCAUGUAUGUUAAGUGACAGAAUUUGUCCUUUUGUUUUUGAAGGUCAGAAAGGGCUGUUGUUUUCUUCCUUUAAUCAUCUCCCAGAGUAGAUAACAUAAUUGUCACAAAGGCUGAAUGCAGUCAUCAGUAGAUUGGCCUGCUACCAAAUAUGCCAGGGCUAAUUCCCCAUGCCGUUAGUCACAGGUAAGGUCAGUUCUUUGACCACUGGGUUGAUUUACAUUCCUCACACAUCUUCUCUGUGUUGUGUGAUUAGGAUGUACAUACUAUGGGUGUGAUUGUGUACAUACCUUGUAUGAAUUAUCUAAAUUCUCAAAGCAGUGGAAAGCAGGAAGGAGAAACAGUUGUUCAAAAGCCUCAAAAGGGCUAAUCAAUGUGAAUUUUCAUUUUCUACACAUAAAAAUGUAUACAUAACUGUAAAUAGCUUACCCACAUAUAUAUGCACACUUAAAUGCAUUUUAUUCAUACUGGUACAUUUAAAUCGAUCACAAAUUAAAACAACUAACUGAAAAUUGCAUCUUUUCAUGACUGUUUGGUUUCACGCGGAUUGAUAUCAGACUGGAUGCUCCUCAUUUAACAGUGUUACUCCCUCGUAGCACAUUUGGCGCUUAGAAAAGCCCAGCUCCACUGAGUCACGAAAAUCUAGGUGAUAUUACUUGAGACACAGACAGGUACUUGAGCAGCUUCAAAGGUUUAGUGCUGUUCUUUAAGUACCUAAUGUUUUAUCUGAAAAUGACAAACACCGGGGGAAACCAGUUAUGCUUCAUAGACUCGUUUUGUGCGUUUGGUGGCAUGUUUAUGUGCACUCAGAAAAGCUCUAUAUUGUAGAGCUGUAUCCCUAGAUUUCAAAAGGGUAUAUAAUCACUCAAGGUGGAACAUGAUUGCAGGCAUUCUUCUCUUGAGAUUGGCAAAACAAUGUUUAGCAACACCAAAGAAAAGUCAAAGAGUAAAGAUUUUAUUUUUAGAAGUUACAAAUGAUACUGGUAGAAUAACAGGAUGUUAGCAAUUGGGGUUUCCUUAAAAUGGACUCAAAUAAAUGACUGUUAUUGACAGUUGGUGACACUGUGGACUAGAUAACAAGAUUAGAGUCAUUAGCCAGCAAAUGUCAGUACUGGACAGUAGUCAAUUUAUCACAGUUCCAGUCAGUGAAUCGUUGUUUUAGUUUCUCUCAUUUCUUCAAAAAGGAAGUACUCUAUUAGACAUCGAAAAGUCUGAUCUGGUCCUUAAAACCUAAUAUGAGUUGAUCCUGAUAUUUUGACACUAAUAAUUAUGUUGGCUGGAUAUUAGGUUGAAGUUAUGAAAAGAAAUACCAGAAUUGCCAUCAACAGAAACUUCUGUAUGGCAAAGUACAAAUAUAACCACUUCUCAAUAGAAAGUCAAUUAUACCAUUUCAUAGGUACUCAUAUUUUAAAGACUGAAUGUGCCAUCUUUAUAUCUUAGAUUAAAAAAGGUUAAACACCAUAAAAACACUACAAUUACAACUACACCUAGCUGUGUUUUUUAACCACCAAAAAUGGAUGUUAGAAAAGCAUACAUGAAAUCUUGAUGUCAAUAUUUACUGUUGCUUAAAAGAUAAAUUUAAGUUUAUGUAAUUAUUUUGGAAGUCAUGUAUUAAUUUAAGUGCCAACCAGAAAAAUUAUAGAUGUCAAUAUAAGAAUCAUUUAUGUGUGUACUCAGUGGAGAAAGACCAAAAGUGUAGUAUGAUGUUAAAUCACUGAAGAAACAGUAAUAAAGUGAAAUUCCAUUUAUGAAUCUAAAGUUAUGUCUUUUCAUGAUGCCUAUAGACAAAGGUCAUUAAAUUGCUUAUUUAAGAAAGUCCCCAUCCUCUGUAAAUUGACCUAUCAAUAAAAUUUCAUUACCUAGGAAAAAAGAUGGAAUAUUAUGAUUUACAUGAGGAUAGAUCAAGAUUUUGAAAUUACCUACACAUCCACCCUCAUUUUGGAUUUGAGUUUUGAAUGGAUGAAUGAAUGAAAUUCAACUGAUGACUUAGUUUUAUCCUUAAAAAAUGUCAAAUAUGAUUUUGUUGCUUUUUUUCACUUUCCAUAAUAAACGUAAUAUAGAUUAAGAGA